GAGGGAGCGGGCGGCAGAGCUGCAGCAGCCCAGCGCGCCCCGCUGACUGACCGACCCGCAGCGUUCCGCGUCCUCCGCCCGUCCCGUCCCGUCGCGUCGCGGCCGCUGCCGUUGGGAGCGCGGAUCGCGGGGGGGGCCUCUGGGGCGGUGGUGCGGCAGCAGCCGGCGAGGAGGAGGAGGAGGAGGAGGGGGAGAGGAGCGGGAUGGAGGAGAAGGUCUUCACCAAGGAGCUCGACCAGUGGGUGGAGCAGCUCAACGAGUGCAAGCAGCUCUCUGAGGGGCAGGUGAAGAGCCUCUGCGAGAAGGCUAAAGAAAUUUUGACAAAAGAAUCUAACGUACAAGAAGUGCGAUGUCCAGUCACAGUCUGUGGAGAUGUCCACGGACAAUUUCACGACCUCAUGGAACUUUUCAGAAUUGGAGGCAAAUCACCAGACACAAACUAUUUGUUUAUGGGGGACUAUGUUGACAGAGGCUAUUAUUCAGUCGAAACAGUCACAUUGCUUGUAGCUCUUAAGGUCCGUUACCGUGAACGUAUCACAAUUCUUCGAGGGAACCAUGAAAGCAGGCAAAUCACACAAGUAUAUGGUUUCUAUGAUGAAUGUUUAAGAAAAUAUGGAAAUGCAAAUGUUUGGAAAUACUUUACAGACCUUUUUGAUUACCUGCCUCUAACUGCCUUGGUGGAUGGCCAGAUUUUCUGUCUACAUGGUGGCCUCUCUCCAUCGAUAGAUACGCUGGAUCACAUCAGAGCACUUGAUCGCUUGCAGGAAGUUCCCCAUGAGGGUCCAAUGUGUGACUUGCUAUGGUCAGAUCCAGAUGAUCGUGGUGGCUGGGGAAUUUCUCCUCGAGGUGCAGGUUAUACAUUUGGACAGGAUAUUUCAGAAACCUUUAACCAUGCUAAUGGCCUUACGUUGGUUUCAAGAGCUCAUCAGUUGGUAAUGGAGGGUUAUAACUGGUGCCAUGAUCGGAACGUAGUAACAAUUUUCAGUGCUCCAAAUUAUUGUUACCGUUGUGGCAACCAGGCUGCAAUUAUGGAACUUGAUGAUACUCUAAAAUACUCCUUUUUGCAGUUUGAUCCAGCACCACGUAGAGGUGAACCGCAUGUUACUCGUCGCACCCCAGACUACUUCCUGUAAAGAGAUUUUAGACCUGUACAGUAUUGCCAUAUGUUGACCUAAAGAAAAUGGGAAGAGCAACAGUAACUCCAAAGUGUCAGAAAAAUAUUUAACAUUCAAACUUGUUUUCACAUGGACCAAAAGACGUGCCAUAUUCAAAUACAAAGCCUCUUGUCGUCAACAACUGUGACCACUUUAGAAUGAACCAGUUCAUUGCAUGCUGAAGCAACAUUGUUGGUCAAGAAACCAGUUUCUGGCAUAGCGCUAUUUGUAGUUACUUUUGCUUUCUCUGAGAGACUGCAAAUAAUAAGAUGUAGACAUUAACACCUCGUGAAUACAUUUAACUUUCCAUUUAGCUAUAGCUUUAUUCAGCAUGACUGUAGAUAAGGGUAGCAGCAAACAAUCAUUGAAGCUUAAAGAACAUUUUUGAAAUAAGUACCAAGGCCUCAUAUUUGUUCUGAAACUGUUUGUUCGUUUUAUUUUCAGGGAAUACUGUUUAAUUUAAUUGUAUUGAUUUUUUUUUUGUCUGCACUCAGUUCCCUUUUCCACUCUUUGCCCUACCAUAUUGUCCCUUGUAAUUGUCCAAGAAUAGUGAAUUACUUUGAACAGAACUGUUUUUUUUCUGUAAAACAAUGUUACUGCAGGACAGAGCUGCAGAGUUUUUCAUAAUAAACUUGUGAACUAAG